AAAUAAAAUUGAAUUAAAUAGAGAACAGAAUGAUUCAUUAUCCUUCAUUAUCCUCGAGACAAGAACCGCAAAAUGAGUCAUUAAAUUCGAGGUAAGGUCGUUUUUAAGCCGCGGCUAUUUUGAAAUACAGCCACCUCGCUAUUCCGGCCAAGCUGCAUGGUCCCAAGGGUGACCGGAUUAACAAGAGUCUACUGUACACUCUCAGCUACUUGCCAAAUGACGCCUCGGGGUACUGAAACCUUAUAAGUGCCGGUACAAGGUUCUAACCCCGAUUAAUCUCCCUACACGUUUCGGCGGGGGGGAGGGGGUGCACCAAAACACGGGCGAAAAAUUUCGUUUUAGUACAUAUGUCGAUUAAAGCAAUUUUGUGCGCUGUCUGUGACCUUUCUGAUGGACGUAGUGCUGGGCAGGUAUUUAUGACUCAAAUCGAGCCAAUGGCAGGUAAGGGUUAAUUAAAGCUAGCCUCGUUGUCUCUAACAAAUAGUGCUAGGUCACCGUAUUUUCCACUUCGUUCUAAUAAAGAAAAAUCAGCCUGGGACCGAGGCUACCUUAAAGCAUGCAGCUCCAAGAUGCAUCUAUGCAUGGCUUCACUAUAAGAUGAUGGUUUCAACUGAGCCUGUAAUUAUGACGAGAAGGAACUUUUCAACCCUUUGGGUGCACACAGGAAAAAGCACAAAUAAGUAACCUUACAGUCUGAACGUUGAGAAUUGGUGUAUAUUAAUUGUGCAGGUACUUUUUAUGACAACAAUGUAAAUGAGUGCAAAAAACUUAUACACCUGUGUAUAAGGAUACUCAGAGUUAGUAUGGUCCUGACACUAUAAUUAUACUCGUGGAUAUACCGCUAUACUUAUACCUAGUUGUGAAUGAGCUCGGCAUAAUAAGUUAGUAUAAUAUAGACAACAAUUAUUUGCCAGGAAAUCCCCAUUUACUUAUAAUUAUAAUGACAUACCUCCAGGCUAGCAGCUAUAAAUAGUGUGUCAGUUGGUUAGAAUCAAUACAGACCUUGUUUGUAGAGAUUCCAAGCAAAAGAACAACUUGGUGAAGAUGAGCUGGGCAAGUGGAAUAUUUUUGAUUGUGGUCGUUGCAUUGGUGCAAGCAAAACCACAAUAUGAGGUGCAAGUGCAAUCACCUGUCUCAUUUUCAUACGCUCCUGGAAAUCAAAACCAACUAUUUGAUGGCACUUGCUGUUCACCUAAUGAAAGCUGCUUGUCUGAGGAAACCAACUGCUGCUUUACUGCAUGUAACGAAACUCAAAUCACCCUCUGCUUCAGAGAGGCUCAGCAUUCAACAAAUGACUCAGACUCUACCAACUGUCCUCUAGGAAUGGCAACAGUCCUUUCUGAUACAGUGGCAUAUAAUUCUACAGCAAACCUAACCACCACCACCACCACGUAUACAGGGAGUUUCCAACUUUUCUACAAAGUGGUAGCUUUGCAGCCAGUAAGAGAGAUCGACCAUGGAGUAAGCACUCUCAACUAUACAAUACAAGAUAUUUUUGUGCGUCCAAUAGUAAACAGUGGAGAACGAUCAUUUCUAUUGAUUCGGGGCAUUAGAGUGGUGUGCAGAGAAGGCUACUUUGGUCCUGACUGUGGUUGCAGAGAUAAUUCCACUGGACACUUCACCUGUGACGCUAAUGGUACCAAGGUGUGUCUCCCUGGUUACCAGAACCCUGAGACCAACUGCACGGAAGAAGCACUAAUUACACCUGAACCUACAACAGAAACUGUCCCCACUGCUAAUCCAGCCUCUCAGACAACAGAAACUUCCCAGCCGACACCACAGACUAUACAGCAGAACAUUACUACCUUUAUAACAGAGGCACUGACUACUAUAGGCAUAACAAACGCAGGUACUACUAUGGAUGUUUUGCCGAUAGCAGUAGGCGGGGCAGUGGGUGGCCUGGUUGUGGUGGUGAUAAUCAUAUUAAUCACAAUUUUGCUGGUCCUCAAAACUAAGAGAAAGAAAAAGAGCGAAGAAGAUGCUACCACAAUCAUGAAUUUAGAGGAGCUUCAGAACAACACUGAUGGUAUUGACGCUUUGAACUUGUAUGCUAGUGUCAACAAAGAUGCAAAUAAAUGUGCAGAAACACCACAAGAGGAAGCCCCUGCAGUGAUCCCUUAUCAAGGACAGAUCUACUCGGAGGUGGAGAAGACGGGACUGUUUGGUAAGCAGGAGAGUGAUUCAACUAGUGAGGAGCCUCAGUACAGCACGGCAACAGCUGGUACUUCUAAACUGGAGAGUGUCGAUGAGAACGAAGAGCCAAGGUACAGCACAACUCAAUUCCUAGCUAUUGAUAAGGAGCCACAGUACAGUUCUCCCAAUGCUGCGAGUGCAUCGACUCAGGCACUCAAUGAAGAGCCUCGAUAUGACACCACUUUUAGAGGUGCCUCUACGGCAACUGGAACCAACGAAGAACCACAUUACAGCACUGCCAUUAGAAACGUGCCCUCAAACACAGCUACACAGAUGCAGAUAAAUGAGGCUGGCUACAGUAUUCUAAACGGUGACCCUAAACGCUUCGAAAAUGUGAAUAUUGGACCGGAAUACUCCAAGCUGGAGGGCACCACACAAGUGACACAACAUCAGGUACAGGACGAGAGUCAGUAUUCGGAACUUGAGACUACCAAGAAGCCUGAGGUCCAGAUCUAUGUGGCUGGCUACAGUGCACUUGAAGAACCUCGAUACUCUGAAAUUGAAAGUGAAACUAAGCAACCACAGAUUGUGUAUGCUGAUUUAGAGAUUGCGGAUACACAGAGUGCUGACAAAGCAACUACACAAACGUCUGACAACAUGAACACAACAGAAGUACAGUACUCGCACAUUAAGAACGGACAGUCAGUUUAGUCACCCCCUGUCAAGACAUAACAAUAACCCCAUUAUAAUUUAUUAUGCAUGCUCAGAUACACUUUUAUAUUUUCUGCACUCGAUCGAUACCUUUAGUAGUACAGUAUCGUAGCGGGUAGUUUUCGUUGUUGCAAAUUUUAGUAUAAAAUACACUUCUCGUACACUAAAUAUUCAAACA